AUGAUCAAACAUGAUCCAUGCGAAAUCGAGGUGACUUCACAUUCAUUCAGCAACACACAUUUCCACAUAAAAGAAAUAGCGAGUGCAGUUCAUAAAGUUAUUAAUAAAUCUCUUCACGUGAACAACGGAUGGCUUAUAGAAUUAGAAGAGUUUUCACGUCGACUGCAUAGAAUGGAUGUUAAACUCACAGCAUGCGAUUUCUUCAGACUCGACCUUACACUGUUACAUUCAAUUAUCAGUAUAUUAGUCACUUACUUGGUAAUACUUCUUCAAGUAAAAGAUGAAUAA